GGGAGGUAGGGGGGAGUUUGAUGAUGGGACGGGCUCUGUUGUCAGUUGCCACCCAAGACGUGAUUCAGCUCCAACAAUUACCAUUAUCUGUUCCCCAGUUUGACGAUACGGGACGAAUCUGUAAUGAUGACGAGUGUUUCCUUCGCUCAUUGUUGAAGCGCCUUUUUUUUUUUUUUUUUUUUUUUUUUUUACUCCGCACGUCCACACCUACCAUCAUUGGGUGACAGCACUCGAGCCAUUCAGGUACUAAGCGGAGGAGGAGGCUUUAUAAGCGAGCAGCCUUGUGUUGUUUGCAGCUUAUGGAGUGCUGUUUGUGUAAACACUGAGCCUGUAGUGCGCACACACUGGUUUCCGAGCUGGUGUUUGGACAGUGCGUAAAAGUGGAGAGGAUCGGAUGCGUUUUUUUUUUUCUCUCCUUGGAUAGAAUUCAAGUGCUUAUUUUUUUUUUCUUUGCGCAAAACAAACCGGAUUUCACGGACGUAAUGGCUGUUCCUACCAAGUUCAGUUUUUCAGUCAGGAGCAUCUUGGAUUUGCCGGAGCAGGAUGCGGAGGCAGCGCCGCGGUCCUCCCCGAUUUACUCCUCCUGCUCCUCCAGCUCGCCCUACACCUCCUGGAUGGAUUGCGACCGCAGCCCUUGCAUAUCUUCGGAUGAAGGCAGCCUUGAGGCCUCCCCGGACUCAACCAAGCCGGAUGACUCGUCCUUGGACUCGGAGCCCGAGAAGAGCAAGAAGAACAAGAAGCGCCGAGUUUUGUUCUCUAAAGCUCAGACCCUGGAGCUGGAGAGGCGCUUCCGCCAGCAGCGGUACCUGUCCGGCCCGGAGAGAGAGCAGCUAGCCCGGGUCCUCAGCCUGACCUCGACCCAGGUGAAGAUCUGGUUCCAGAACCACCGCUACAAGAUGAAGAGGGGUCGGGCGGAAGGAGCGCUGCAGGACAUGGAAAUAGCUCAGCCUCCGGUCCUGCGCAGAGUCGUUGUUCCGAUCCUGGUCCGGGAUGGGAAACCUUUUCACACCUGCAUACUUGAAGCGGAUAAACCUGCCUGUUUACCGCCUCUUCAAGCGGUACCCUUCCCCUUAGCCUACCCGUCUCUUCAGCAUCCGUCCCCCGUCGCUCUUCCUCCCAGAUACCAGCACUUUCCAGCCGCGGCGGCCUCCAGAUUGGCCUGGAGAGACUUUUGGAGCGACUCGGUCCAGUUUAAUUCUUUCAAGUGAAAUCCGCCUCCGCCCUCAUUUCAAUGCACAAACUCACUUACUAUUGCAUCAAAUGUUUUCUGAAUGUUUUUGCAAAAUUUCGAGCAACUUAAACAUUAAGAUUUUCACUACAGAAUGAAAAAUAUUUUGCACAUUUUUUUUUGGAUAUUUUGCGUCUUUCUGUGACUGUUUUUUUUUUAAAAUGCUGAUAAUAUUUUCUCAUAUAUGGGCUUACUGGUGUAGCCUGUAGAUUUUUAAUUAUCUGGUGAGAUAAUGUAUUUGUUUUUGAUGCCUUUUAAAAAUAUAAUAUUUGUAUAAAUAACUUUUGUUGGAGACAAAUAACGAACAGUAGGCUGCAUUAUGUGGUAAUAGAAGAGAUAUGUAGCAGCAAUUAGCCUGAAUGUUUGAAGGAAAAAAUCAUGUUAUUUGUUGCCUUUAAGGAGACUUUCUUUAAAGGUUUUAACUGUAUAUUUUUUUUCUUUUUGUGAAGGAAACGAUUAAUAAAAACUUCCUCUUAUUUUCUAUGA